UAUGUGCGUGACGGGGCUUCAUUGAUCGGAUCAAGAUGAGGUGGAUUACAUUUUGAUUUGUUGCUACUUGUGCAAAUUGAUGAGAUUUUGGUCAUUUCAAUUUGUGUAUGAUUGUUGUAUACCAGUGUUUUGGGUUAUGUACUAGCGUGGUUAUCCAAAUUUCACAUUCUUGAGAUCUGUGAUUGACCCUGAAAACGAGGAAGCAUGUAUCCGUGUCUGAGAAGAGUGCAAUGUGGCUAUUGUGGCAAAGAAAUGAUGAAAAAGAACUUGGCUAAGCAUACCAAGGCUGUGCACAAAUCUUCUCUGGUAAAGGAGGUUCCUUUGAAGAAUAGUGAGAUUGGAUUUAAUGGAAGAUUGAAGGCUCCAACAACAAUGCAGAAUCCAGCCCCGCGUCAGGAGCCGGCGACUGUCGGCGCUUCCGCGGAGUCAGCAGCGGAGAUGGAUGAUGAGCCCUCGUCAGCCCCGCGUCAGGGGCCGGCGACAGCAGACGCUUCAGCGGAGCCAGCAGCGGAGAUGGAUGGUGAGCCCUCUUCAGCCCCGCGUCAGGGGCCGGCGACUGUCGGCGCUUCCGCGGAGUCAGCAGCGGAGAUGGAUGAUGAGCCCUCGUCAGCCCCGCUUCAGGGGCCGGCGACAGCAGACGCUUCAGCGGAGCCAGCAGCGGAGAUGGAUGGUGAGCCCUCUUCAGCCCCGCGUCAGGGGCCGGCGACUGUCGGCGCUUCCGCGGAGUCAGCAGCGGAGAUGGAUGAUGAGCCCUCGUCAGCCCCGCGUCAGGGGCCGGCGACUGUCGGCGCUUCCGCGGAGCCAGCAGCAGGCGGGCGAAGUCUGGAUCUGCACAAGGAGCUUGUGUGUGCUGUGGGUAAGAAUUCUGAUGCCAUUUCGGAUAUGCAACGUAAGCUGGACGUACUUAUCCAAAAAAGUCAGUCUAACGGCCAAAGGUCAGGUCAGCAAACUGGGGAGCUCCAAACUGAAGUCGCAGACACGCUGUUCCGUGCUUGUCGCAGCAUCAGCACACUGAAGGCUGCAGCAGAUGGACAUCUGGUCAGUUUGCCUGAAAGAAACAUGCUCUUUUGCGACCUGUGUGUUCCGGCAGUAGACAAGGCUCCAAAACGAGCUGCUGGAACCUUCAAAUAUGACUUCAGCUGUGGUGUGAAUUUUCCUGUGGGGAAGAAGAUGCACCAAAAAUUCAAAAGCUUGAAAACCACUGUGUCUGCGCAUUUCGAGUCCACGAGCCAUAUCAUGCAAGCACGCCAGGUGGACAGGGAGAAUGCUCAGCAGGAGCGGCUCAUCUCCCACAGGAGUGCCAUUGCUGAGCGGGUGCUACGCGCGGCGUACCACACCAUCAUGGAGUCGGCGUCCCACCUGUCCUUUGAGCGGCUCAUCAUGAUGCUCAAGGAUUGUGGGGUCGACGUUGGUGAUAAAAACCACAGCACCAGGAUGAUGUGCAAGGCGCGAGACGCUCUCCAUGAUGUCAUUUUGGAUAAGCUGGCCGCCAUUGUCGAAAAGGAACCAUGUGUGGCUGUGAUGGCGGACAAAGUGACCCUGCAUAAUAGAACGGUGGACAUCACGGCCAUCAACCUUGUUCUUCCCGACGCUCCAUCAGAUGCCAUGCUGAAAAACUUUGUCGUUGCAGCCCCUGUCGUCGAAUCUCACGAUGGAGAUGGGCUUGCUGCCGAGCUCAAGGAAAGCUUGGGGAGAGUAAGCGUAAACAGGCCCACACAAAUAUCGGCUUUCGGCGGCGAUGGACAAUACCAUCACCUGAGCGUGCCCAAGAAGCUGGCACGAGCCCUGCACACUGAAGGUGCUGAAGACUUCACCAUCCCUGCCGUGUGGGAUCCAAGCCACCUGAUGAGCUUGGCGGAGAAAAACGCCAGAAGCUCCUCCAAGUGGGUGAGGAAAGCCAUCCAGGACAUGGACAGCGUCAGCCAGCUCUUUAGAUAUGGCUCUGGCUUCGAGGCCCUCAUGACCUCUGACAUUCCCGGAAAACCAAAGACGCUGAAGAAAUGGUCGGAGACGAGGUUUGCCGCACACGCUCUGGAUGUUUUCAAAUCGUUCCUGGACAACAUCACGUUCAUGAUGGAUGCGCUCUAUCAUCGAAGAGAGAGGAGUCAGGCUACUGAUGAGGCCAUCCGACUGCUUCGAGAUAAGAAGUUCCUGGCCAGGAUCGCUGCGCUGUGCGAUAUCUACGCUGUUCUCGGCAAAGGCAGCCGCGACCAACAGAACACCGGGAAGCUGCCGUGGGAGCUCAGUGCUGCCUUCGGACAAACCCUCCUGAACCUGGACGUCAUGUUGGACGUCCUGAAAGGGGGCAGCGCCGAGUCGCAGUCACCCGUCCAGCAGGCCAUCCACCAAGCGAACCUGGAGGAGCAGUGGCCCCUCGCCUCUGCAUACAAAGCUCAGUUUUUGGAACAGGCGGCUCUCAUCCAGCAGUUCGGCUCGACUCUGCUCCAAAACCUCCGCUUGAGACGCAUGGGAUCUUCAGGCUCAUCGUCCAAGGCGGACAACCAUCGGCUGCUGGAUCACAUGCUGCACGUGAGAGGGGUCGCCGACCUCGUGCUCCUCAGGCGCAGCAAGAGGGUACUUCGCGACCAGGUGAGCGAAGUGCUCGCCAGUAUCCGCAUCCUGAGGAAGGCCGGCUUUAUCCCUCACAGUAGCAUGCCGUCGGAGAGUUCGGUGCUGGAAACCCUCACGGUGUUGCGCACCGUGUCCUGCAGUGAACAACCCACCAGCCAAGACCUACUCAAGGCGCUGUGGGCUGCACGAGAUGAAAGACCACUCCUCAGAGACUACAUCGACCUUGUAAAGCGACUGUGGCUGAUAUGUCCUGUGGAAAGUGUAGUCGAAAGCAUGUCGAGUGUGCUAAAGUCGGUGUUCGGGACACACCGGAUGUUAAAACAUGAGAAUGCUUCGAAGGAACUUGUGAUCCGCUGGAAUGGUCCACAAGAGGGCAACGCGAAGUCAUUGUUGGCGGCGGUGCAGGGUCAGUACCAGUUCGAUUUUAGGACUCAGGCAGAGAGCCAACGUCUGGGGGCGAUGCUGAGGAAUCGCGAGCGGAACAGGGCCCAGUGGGACAUCUUCCAGCUAUGAAGUGUAUAUAUAGAGUGAGCCGUAGAGUCUGAAAAUAUAGUUUUUUAUUACAAGUAACACGCUAAUUAAGACUUUACCCCGCAGCAAAUCGUUCGGGUCAGAGCUUUGGAAUCGUAUUUACAAAACUUCUCCAGCUGAUUGAAAUCGAGUUUGGAGGUAGGUACCGUCGCAAAAUUGAAUGCAAUUUCUGAAUGGAAUCGUCCUUGCAAAUUGUCCUAAAAUUUGUAACUGAUAUCCUCCCCCCGCCCCCGCGAACCCAAGUGCGAGACUCUGACGAAGCUGUGUAAAUACAAUUUGAAGGUUCCGACUCGAUCGAUUUCCUGUUAAGUAAUUUCCUCAUUAGCUUGUUACUUAAAAAAAUCCUUAUCUAUGUAGUCCUUUAGAGAAGUUUCGUCAUUAUGCUGAAAUGUCCUGCGUCAAUUCGUCGUCGAUUACUGCAGCAAAAAAGACGAUGGUAGUGGUCUAUGUAAAUAUGAUUUGAUGUGCGCCAUGAGAACUGUUUGUGAUUCUGUCAAAAAAUGACUAUUGAGUCGACUGAGCAAUUGAGCAUGAUUGUUCUUUGUUUUGUUGUUGCUGUUUUUUUUCUUACGUUACGUCCUUCAAAUAGGUGAUUGAUUUCCAAACACCUUCACGGAGGGGAAAACGGUUUAAGUGAAUGUAGUUUGAUCUUUGAAGAUCAUCUGUGAACUGCGAAGGUGCACCAAGUUUGAGCACGUGUGAGACAUUGCUUUAGAACUGGCUGAGGUAAUGCAUUGCAGGAUAUGUUUAUUGUACCCAAAAAAUUGUACCGAUAUGAAUAGACAAUGUCUUAAA